AUGGCUAUCUCGUCUGCUGAGGGGAUGGAACUGCAGGAUCCAAAGAUGAACGGAGCCCUCCCUGAAAGUGCUGUGGAGCAGGAACAUGAGGGCUUCCUGCCCAGCCAUAGUCCUUCUCCUGGGAGGAAACCGGCCCAGUUCAUGGAUUUCGAGGGGAAGACAUCGUUUGGAAUGUCAGUGUUCAACCUCAGCAACGCCAUCAUGGGCAGCGGCAUCCUGGGGCUGGCCUAUGCCAUGGCCCACACGGGGAUCCUCCUCUUCCUGGCUUUGUUGCUGUGCAUCGCUCUUCUGUCUUCGUACUCCAUCCAUCUCCUGCUGACCUGUGCUGGUGUUGUAGGCAUCCGAGCCUAUGAACAGCUGGGACAGAGGGCACUGGGGCCUGCGGGGAAAGUAGUGGUGGCGGCGGUCAUCUGUCUGCACAAUGUUGGGGCCAUGUCCAGUUACCUGUUCAUCAUCAAAUCCGAACUUCCCCUGGUUAUCGCCACUUUCCUGGACAUGGACCCUGAGGGGGACUGGUUCUUGAAGGGAAACCUCCUUAUCAUCAUUGUCAGUGUUUUAAUCAUCCUGCCACUGGCCCUCAUGAGACACUUGGGCUACCUGGGAUAUACCAGUGGUCUCUCUCUGACCUGUAUGCUGUUUUUCCUCAUUUCGGUCAUCUAUAAGAAGUUCCAGCUUGGCUGCACUGUAGGCCACAAUGAAACAGCAGUGGAGAGCAAGAGCUCCCCAAGCCUUCCCAUCCAGGGGCUCAACACAAGCUGUGAGGCCCAGAUGUUCACAGCUGACUCACAGAUGUUCUACACAGUGCCCAUUAUGGCUUUUGCCUUUGUCUGCCACCCUGAAGUGCUGCCCAUCUACACAGAACUCUGCCGGCCCUCCAAGCGCAGAAUGCAGGCUGUGGCCAACGUGUCCAUUGGGGCCAUGUUCUGUAUGUAUGGGCUCACGGCGACCUUUGGAUACCUCACCUUCUACAGCAGCGUGGAGGCGGAGAUGCUGCACAUGUACAGCCAGCAUGACCUGCUCAUCCUCUGUGUGCGUCUAGCGGUGCUGCUCGCUGUGACUCUCACGGUGCCAGUCGUGCUGUUCCCUAUCCGCCGGGCUCUGCAGCAGCUACUUUUUCCAAGCAAGGCCUUCAGCUGGCCACGCCAUGUGGCCAUAGCACUGAUCCUGCUUGUCUUGGUCAAUGUUCUCGUCAUCUGUGUGCCAACCAUCCGGGAUAUUUUUGGGGUUAUCGGGUCUACCUCAGCCCCCAGCCUCAUUUUCAUCCUUCCCAGCAUUUUCUACCUCCGCAUUGUGCCCUCUGAGGUGGAGCCCCUCUACUCCUGGCCCAAGAUCCAGGCUCUGUGUUUUGGUGUCUUGGGGGUCCUCUUCAUGGCGAUCAGCCUAGGUUUCAUGUUUGCCAACUGGGCCACAGGCCAGAGCCAUGUAUCUGGACACUGA